AUGAAAAUCAUCUUUCUCUUGUUGUUUAUUGCUGGAAUCCUUGCUGACAAUUCUUACCCACAAAUUUCUAUCCAUCCUAACGAGAAGAAUUGUGACAACUACCAGUAUGAACCUAACCCAAGAGGUGCCCGGACACCAAUGCAAGUAUUAGUUGACAGUAAUUCUGACUUUGCCUUCAAGUUCUUCAGGAAGGUCUCUUCCAGUGAAAGCCAUCAAGGUGGCAGAAGCAAAAGCAAUGUUGUCUUAUCUCUCUUAUGCAUCUCCUCCGCCUUUGCAAUGCUGGCCUUGGGUGCAAAGGAUAACACUUUAGAUCAGAUUUUGAAAGGACUUGACUUUAAGCCAUCAGAGAUCCAGGAGAGGAUGAUACAUGAAGGCUUCUGUGAACUCACACACAUGCUAAAUAAUGGAGGAGUUGGACACCAGAUGGAAAUCAGGAAAUGUCUCUUUGUGCAAAACCAGCUAUAUCCUGAAGAACAGUUUUUAAGUGGCCUCAAAAACUUCUAUGGAGGAGACAUCUUGGAAAAUUUUAAGAACACUGCAGCAACUAAGCAGCACAUCAACAGCUACAUCAAAAGGAAAACCCGUGGGAAGAUUUCUAAGCUUGUCGAUGAAGUCAGUCCCAACACUGAAAUUCUGCUAAUUAGUUAUAUUUAUAUGAAAG